AUGGUGAAGAUAAAGCUAGUAGAAGCUUCGUUUUCGAUAGUGCUAGUAAUUCUUUUGGUGGAGUUCAUUGGGCGGAAUGGAUCACUGGCUGCCUUCACUCCGCCUGAUAACUACUUGAUUGCUUGCGGUUCAACCAAAGAUGUAACUUUUCAAGGCAGAACUUUUGUUCCUGAUUCCGGGCAUCCCUCUCUCACAUUGAAGACUGGAACUUCCAGUGGUAGUAGUGUUGCUACCUCGAAUUCUAGCUUCCCAUCUCCGAUCUACCAGUCUGCUCGCAUCUUCUCCAGCGUGGCUGCUUACAACUUCGACAUUCAGCAGCAGGGUCGGCAUUGGAUCCGCCUUUACUUCUACCCUAUUCCAAGCUCUGCCCAGAACUUGACAGCUGCAUCCAUCACCGUCGUCACAAAGGACUUUGUCCUGCUGCACAAUUUUGCAUUCAAGAACUACAACGGCACUUUCAUGUUCAAGGAGUAUGCAGUCAAUGUGACUUCAGACACUUUGACCCUUUCGUUCAUUCCUUCAAAUAACUCAGUGGCCUUUGUCAACGCCAUUGAAGUUGUAUCCAUCCCUGAUGUGGUUCUCCCUGACCAAGCUUGGACUCUAAACCCCUCCACCUCUGUUGAUGGCCUCUCUGAUCUGGCCUAUGAAACCGUUUAUCGGUUGAACAUGGGCGGCCCGUUGAUCACGUCUGAAAACGAUACUCUGGGGAGAGUGUGGGAGAAUGAUGCUGAGUAUCGUCAUGUCAACAAUUCUGCUGUGGAUGUUUCAACCAAUCCUGCAUCCAUAAGAUACCCAGCUGCACUUAAACCUGAGACAGCUCCAAACAUGGUCUAUGCCACUGCUGUUGCCAUGGGAGAUCCAAGUGUGACGAAUGCCAACUUCAACAUGACUUGGGUUCUUCCAGUCAAUCCAAACUUCAGAUACUUGGUUCGAGUCCAUUUCUGUGACAUAAUCAGCAGAGCUCUGAACACUCUGGUGUUCAACCUUUAUGUAAAUGACGAUCUCGCCCAAGGCCUCGAUCUCUCAACGAUCACUGGUGGCUUGGGUGUACCAUACUACCGUGACUUCGUCUCCAACUCAUCGACAGAGUCACCGGAUACUUUGAUGGUCAGCGUUGGUCCUGAUACAACGGCAGACAUCACCAACGCAACCGUCAAUGGGCUGGAGAUAUUGAAGAUCAGCAACGAUGUCAAAAGCUUGGAUGGGGUUUCCUCAGUUGAGAGUCUCACUCCACAAUCCCAUUCCAAGAGCCAUAAGGUAGGAAUCAUAAUCGGUUCCACAGCUGGAGCAAUAGCUGCAUUCGCCAUACUCGGUCUCUGCUUCAUCUGCAUGAGAGCUGGCAAGAAGGACCCUAAUCAGCAACAGGGGGGACAUUCGUGGCUGCCUUUGCCCUUAUACGGCAUCUCCCAGACCAUUACAAAAAUGUCCACAACUUCACAAAAGAGUGCUUCAGCUAGCUGCAUCUCACUGGCUUCCACAAACCUCGGCCGAUUCUUCCCCUUCCAGGAAAUCAUGGAUUCGACCAACAAGUUCGAUGAAACCCUCCUUCUCGGAGUUGGAGGGUUCGGCAGGGUCUACAAAGGAACCUUGGAAGAUGGCACUAACGUGGCAGUCAAGAGAGGCAACCCAAGAUCAGAACAAGGUCUCGCAGAAUUCAGAACCGAGAUCGAAAUGCUAUCCAAGCUCAGACAUCGACACUUGGUCUCUCUCAUUGGCUACUGCGACGAACGUUCGGAGAUGAUCCUCGUCUACGAGUACAUGGCCAACGGACCGCUGAGAAGCCAUUUGUACGGCACAAACUUGCCAUCCUUGUCCUGGAAGCAACGGCUAGAAAUCUGCAUUGGAGCUGCCAGAGGGCUACACUAUCUCCACACCGGCGCAACUCAGAGCAUCAUCCACAGGGACGUCAAGACGACCAACAUCCUCCUCGACGAGAGCUUCGUGGCCAAAGUCGCCGACUUUGGCCUCUCCAAAACCGGACCCUCCCUCGACCAGACCCACGUCAGCACAGCUGUGAAGGGCAGCUUCGGCUACCUCGAUCCCGAGUACUUCAGAAGACAGCAGCUGACUGAAAAAUCCGACGUCUACUCCUUCGGUGUGGUCCUAAUGGAAGUCCUCUGCACUAGGCCGGCUCUAAACCCGGUUCUUCCCAGGGAUCAAGUGAACAUAGCCGAGUGGGCGAUGACAUGGCAGAAGAAGGGAAUGCUGGACCAGAUCAUGGACCAGAACCUGGUCGGGAAAGUAAACCCCGCGUCGCUGAAGAAGUUCGGCGAGACGGCAGAGAAGUGUCUGGCCGAGUACGGUGUUGAGAGGCCGUCCAUGGGGGACGUGCUGUGGAACCUUGAGUACGCAUUGCAGCUGGAGGAGACUUCCUCCGCGGCGGCGCUGAAUGAGGCGGAAGAUAACAGCACGAAUCAUAUACCGGGGAUCCCAUUGACGCCGCUGGAACAGUUUGACAACAGCGUGAGCAUGAUGGUCGACGGAGGCGGGCAUUCGGGGACGGACGACGACGGUGAAGAUGCCACGACAAGUGCUGUGUUCUCGCAGCUGGUUAACCCGCGCGGGAGAUGA